AUGCAGAGCACACUUCCAGCUUCUUGGUACCGGGAGCCAGGGUUCUAUCAGUUGGAGCGACGAGCGAUAUUCAGCAAAUCAUGGAUCCUCGUCUCUCACGUUCAUCAGUUCAACGAGCCCGGAAAAUACGCCCGCUACGAAAUGGCAGGCUACCCUUUCUUCAUCAUCAAGGACCGAGCGGGCAACAUCAACGCGUUUCUCAACAUCUGCCGCCACAGGGCGUUCCCGAUUGUCCACGAGAACGAAGGCAAAGCGUUCGUGCUGUCGUGUAAAUAUCACGGGUGGUCGUACAGCAUGAACGGGAACCUGGCCAAGGCUCCCCGCUUCGAUCACGUCGAGGACUUCGACAAGGAGGAGUACAAGCUGUACAAGGUCCACAGUCACGUCGAUCGUCUGGGGUUCUUCUGGGUGAACCUGGACGCCGCCGAAAAGCCCACCCUGAGCUGGGAAGAGCAGUUCGGCGGCGUUGACACCCAGCCUCGACUGCAGAACUUUGACAUGAGCGACUAUGAGUACGACCACACCUGGUCGAUGGAGGGCAAGUUCAACUGGAAGACAUUGAUUGAGAACUACAAUGAGUGCUACCAUUGUCCCACUGCUCACCCAGGACUUGCGCCGUUUUUCAAGGGCAACAAGCAGAUGAACUACGGCCUGGAGAAAUACUGGGUUGCGCACUUGGGCGCGAAGGGAGAGGAGCGCUCGGGUUCAGUAAGCCCGACGUACAUGUUUCCCAACGCCUCUGUCACUCUGACACCGGUCUUCUUCUAUAUGAUGUCCAUCGUCCCAACGUCUGCAACCACUAGUCUGAUGCGAUACGAGGUUUACCGAUCUAAAUCAGCGACCCCGGAGCAGGUCAAGGAGAAGCUCGACUUUUUCAGUCAGGUCGAGUCAGAGGAUAAGUGGCUGGCCAACGGGUCCCAGGCAAACCUCAACAGCGAUACUUACAUGACCGGCCCGUUCCAUCCUGAUGUAGAGGAGGCCGUUGUCUAUGUCAUUGGCAGAGUCAAAGGAAUGCUUCACGAGCAUGUGGCUGAGGAGAAGAAACGCGGGUCGGAGUGGUGGCCUGCUCGCAGAGGCCCUGUUCAGGCGACCAAGUCCUCCGCAGAACAGGAUGAAGCCUUUUGCCGGGGUGUCUGUGAGAACUCCGCACUCCGUGGCGGCUCUGCCCCUGAAGGAUUGGCAUGGUAA